AUGGUGGACGAGACGGCAGGAGCAGAUUUGAUGAGUUGCAUGGAUGCUUUCAAGGGAUACCAUCAGGUAAUGAUGGCUCGGGAAGAUGAGAGUAAGACUGCUUUCGUGACUCCGGAUAGUUUGUACUGUUAUAAGGUCAUGCCAUUCGGACUCUGGAAUGCUGGAGCUACCUAUCAACGAAUGGUCAAUUUGCUAUUUGAAAAGUUAUUGGGUCAUACAAUGGAAGCAUACAUUGAUGACAUUCUUGUCAAGAGCCAUGACCGGGGUCGGGUGAUUCGGGUGUUAACUGACCAGCCGAUCGGUGCAGUCCUCCGUACGGCCGCUUAUUCUGGUCGUUUAGUCAAAUGGGCAUUAAUGCUCACUCAGUUUGCAAUCGAAUACAAGCCUCGACCGGCCAUUAAGGGUCAAGCUUUAGCUGACUUUGUAGUCGAAUGUAUUGCCCGAGAGAUGCAGCCCCAAGCCUCAGAGGAUCCUGAUGCAGCUUGGUGGGCGAUUGCAACCUACGGAUCGAGCAUCCGGGAACUGGGGGCUGAUUAUGUUCGAGCACAAACUGACUCAAGUUUGGUCAUGGGACAAGUGUUGGGCGAUUAUGAGGUUAAUGGGGAUCGUCUACUUUCUUAUCGCGACUUGGCGUUAGAGAAAUUGAAUAACUUUAAGGCAUAUGCCGUUCGACAUGUUUCGCGCUUGGAUAAUGUUGAUGCAGAUGUGCUGUCUAAGUUAGCCCAAGAUGCCCCCGAGCACAUUUCUAAGAUUGCUCAGAUUGUGGUUGUACCGGCGCCCAGCAUCAACCGUUUACCGAUUGCCCCUAUCCAAGAUGACGAGGAGACGUGGAUUACAGAUAUCAUGGGUUGUUUACAAGAUGAACGUGCCGAGUGA